CCCGCCCUCUGUCACAGCCAUUUUCAGCAAAAUUGUACCUGAUGGAAAAUUCUCUGUUCACAAUCUCAUACACUGAAGCUUCUCGUUAUUCUUCCUUUUCUUCUUUGCAGCUUGCUUGGUACAAGCAAGUGGCUGGACGAGAAAUGUGGAAAUAUUUCACGAAUGGCUUGCAGGUCUCAGCUUUCUUGGUGGAGGCCAUUAUGAAUCUGCCAUUGCUGAAGGCCUCGCUGAGACCCUAGUGAUGUUGCCAAAGAAGGCCCACGGAACUGCAGACGAAUUGUUCAAUGAAGAGCAGAAGCACUGCAUUUUGGUUGCAGGAAGCAAGCCGUUUCCUCUGGUCACACCAGUGUUUGUUCCAAAGAUCAUUAAAUCUCCAACUGGGGAUUAUCCCUCUGAACAAAUUGAAAACGUACUAGCUGAUGCUGAACAAGUUGCUCGGCUCUUCAUUCAGUGCUCUGUGUCUCUCUCUGUGCUAUCUGCCAAGAGGUUUCCGAACUUAAAAGAAGUUUUCAUUGCGGCAAAUCCAGAUGCCAGUGAAGCAGACAUUUCCUUUAGGAGUGAGAAGCAUCCGGCAUUUCUCAUUCUGCUGUCCCGGAAAUUUCCGGAGGCUUGUGCUGCUAUCUAUGGGCCUGGAGCAGCAGACUCAUCACUAGUCUCUGCCAUGGGAAACAAUACAGGAACCCCUCUAGUCCAUGAUGAGACUGAAUUUGAUCUUGACCUUCCAGAGGAGGACAUUUUGUUCCUUAGAAAAAUAUUUUGUGAUCCCCUUGAUCAGAAAAAUACUUCUGCAGCAUGCAAUUCAGGCCUAGUUGGAAUGGCAAAUCCAGAUGCCAGCAAAGUAGACAUUUCCUUCAGGAGUGAGAAGCAUCCGUCAGUUCUCAUUCUGAGAUUCCCAGAGGCUUGUGCUGCUACCUAUGGGCCUGAAGCAGCAAACUCAUCACUAGUCUCUGCCAUGGGAAACAAAAUGGGAACCCCUCUAAUCCAUGAUGACACUGAGUUUCAUCUUGACCUUCCAGAGGAGGAUAUUUUUUUCCUUCAGAAAAUAUUUUGCGAUCCCCUUGGUCAGAAAGAUACUUCUGCAGAAUGCAAUUCUGGGCUAAUUGGAAUGGAACUUGAAACUGCAUUUUCUUCUCAAUCACAGCCGGCUUUUCCAAAUCCUCCUCAUGAUUCACUUCCAGAUUUUGACGCUGCUUUACCAUCUCCAACUUUAGAAGAGAUCCUAGGAUACAACGGGACACAAAAUGCACUUGUGGAAAUGGAAGCAAGCACUUAUCAGCAGGAGAAAGUGAUAAGCUGCAGUGCGAAUACUGGAAACACUUAUCAGCAAGCUGGAAGCACUUAUCCGCAGGUGCAAGUGAUGAGCUCCAUGUUCAAAACUGGAGACACUUAUCAGCAGGGACCAGUUCUAAGCUCCCUUACUAAUGGUGCAAACACUUAUCAGCUAGGACGAGGGACAAGAUCCAUCUCCAAUACCAGGAAAUAUUGCGGAAGAAAGCAAAGGGCAGUUGGUAAACGGCCAAGGACUGAAAAUUCUAUGCCAUUGGCUGGCAUAGUAUCACAAGCAUUAGACACCGCACAAAACAGCAGCAACAGUUUGCUUAUGUCCAAAAUCCCCACUCUUUCGGGAAAUUUUAAUAAUCUCCAGAUGUCUGGAAACCUGGGAGCAACAGAGACUGCGAUUGCUAGUCCGUUCAUUCCAAUAUUUGAAACUUCUCAGAUCUCUGAAGUUCAGACAAAGGCUUUCUGGGGAGAAAAGGUCCUUUUCAUCCACAGUCUUCGAUCAUAG